GCAGUAUUAUCUGGUCAGAUUUCCAUGGCGCUUCACUCUUGCGACCGUUAACUGCUUCACCAAAAGCUACUAAAAAAGAAACCAAAAACAAUGUGCGAAAACUAACUUCUCUAACGCAGUUGCAGACUACUUGGAACAUGACCAUGGCUUCCAUUUCCAGACCAUCGCCGUUUCUGUAUCGUCACUCAAACCCUACAUCACUAAAUUCCUCUCCCGUGGUCUUAUCUUUUCCAUUUUAUCGAACGACGUCGCUUCACCUACGUGUCUCUGCCCUAAAUUCCGAUGGACAUAAAAUUGGGAGCCAAGAAUCGCUCGGUUCUGGUUUGCUGAGGAAACCGGUAAUUUCUCCAUCGAGGAAGGACUUGGGUAGAAAUUCAGAAGACGAUGAGGUUAGCGAGGAGGAGAGUGAAGAGGAGAAAGAAUGGGUUGAUUGGGAGGACAAGAUUUUGCAGGACACGGUCCCUCUCGUUAGCUUCGUCAGGAUGAUUCUUCACUCUGGAAAAUACGAAAGUGGAAGUAGAUUAAGCCCAGAGCACGAGAGAACGAUUCUUGAUAAAUUGCUUCCAUAUCAUCCGGAAUUUCAAAAGAAGAUCGGUUCUGGAAUUGACUACAUUACAAUUGGAUAUCACCCUGACUUUGAGGGUUCACAUUGUUUGUUCAUUGUUCGAAAGAUGGAGAAUUGUUGA